UGUGGUUAUUUAGUUUUUAUAUUUGUUUCAAUAAUAUCAGAAAAUAUCUUGCACAUAAUAAUUGUUUAGCAAGACGUUUUUGUACUAACUUUUGAGAGAGAGAUGGAGACGAGUGCCGUGUCUGGCAGCAUGUCGCCGGCGCGCGUGAAGCUGGAGCCCGAGACGGACCAGUCUGAAAUGGCCCUUGUGAAGGAAGAAGCUGUAUUCCUGGAUGAAGAGGAGCGUGUGAAGGAGGAGUGGUCGGACAGCACGGCCGGGUGCGGCGUGAGGGAGGUAGCCAUGCUAGCCGACUUGUAUGCCAAUCACGAGGUGAAGGAUGAGCUCGUGCUGGGGCCAGAGCGCCCGCACCGCCCCGUAGUCGCCCCGGCCGCCCUAUCUUAUCGUGUCGCAGCGUCCGCUCUCGUCUCCCCGGCUGCGGGGUCGGCUGUGCGCCGCUCGUGCUCGGUCAGGCUGGAGCGCCUGCUGGUGGACGCGGCGCGGCGCACCUGCCGGGUCGCGCGCCGCACGUACAAGCUGCGCGCCGCCGAGCCCGCACACACACCCAGUGCCAUCGCCACCGUUUAUCAGUGUCACCAUUGCGGCAAGUGGUUCAGGAACAAGUCGGUUUUAAAGAAACACAUAUAUACUCACUCACCUUUACAUAAUUCAACCACACAAGAUUCUGAUUUAAAACGACAUCAAACGCUACACGACAACAAAAGACUGUCUCAACAGUUUUACAUGACAACACACACAGAUUUACAGACUCAUUUGAGAACUCACACAGAUGAUAAACCUUUCUGGUGUAGUCAAUGUGAUUACAAGUGUAGAACAAAAGCAUGUAUAAAGUCUCACAUGAUGACUCACUCUGACCAAAAGCCUUUUAGUUGUAGCCACUGUAACUACAAGUGUAGACUAAAAACUAAUUUACAGACUCACCUGAUGACUCACACUGACCGAAAGCCUUUUAGUUGUAGCCACUGUAACUACAAGUGUAGACUAAAAACUAAUUUACAGACUCACCUGAUGACUCACACUGACCAAAAGCCUUUUAGUUGUAGCCACUGUAACUACAAGUGUAGACUAAAAACUAAUUUACAGACUCACCUGAUGACUCACACAGGCGAUAAACCUAUCUGGUGUAGUCACUGUGACUACAAGUGUAUAAGAAAAUCAGAAUUACGGAGCCACCUGUUGACUCACGGAGAAGAGAAGCCUUUAAGUUGUAGCCACUGUGAAUUUAAGUGUAAAAGAAAAACCAAUUUAAAGGCUCACCAGAUGACUCACACUGAAGAGAAGCCUUUUAGUUGUAGCCAAUGUAACUACAAGUGUAGACGAAACAUAGAUUUACAGACUCACCUGAUGAUCCACACUGGUGAAAAGCCUUUUAGUUGUAGUCACUGUGACUUUAAGUGUAGACUCAAAGCCGCAUUAAAGUUUCACCUGCUGAUUCAUACUAACGACAAGCCUUUUAGCUGUAGCCACUGUGACUACAAAUGUAGACGAAAAACAGAUUUACAGACUCACCUGAUGACUCACACUGACGAAAAGCCUUUUAGUUGUAGUCACUGUGACUAUAAAUGUAGACGAAAAACAGAUUUACAGAUUCACCUGAUGACUCACACUGACGUAAAGCCUUUUAGUUGUAGCCAAUGUGACUACAAAUGUAGAAGAAAAUCAGAUUUACGGAGGCACCUGUUGACUCACGGAGAAGAGAAGCCUUUAAGUUGUAGCCACUGUGACUACAAGUGUAGACAAAACAUAGAAUUACAGACUCACCUGAUGACUCAUACAGACGAGGAGCCUUUUAGUUGUAGCCAAUGUGACUACAAGUGUAAAAUCAAACGAAAUUUACAGAGACACAUGUUGACUCAUGGGGAAGAAGUGCCUUUAAGUUGUAGCCACUGUGAGUUUAAGUGUAGAAACAAAGCCAAUUUUAAGCGUCACUUGAUGAUUCACACUAAGGAGAAGCCUUUUAGUUGUAGCCACUGUGACUACAAAUGUAGACGAAAAACGGAUUUACAAUCUCACCUGAUGACCCACACUGACGAAAAGCCUUUUAGCUGUAUCAAAUGUGACUACCAGUGUAAGAAUAAAAGAUGUUUACGGAGGCACCUGUUGACUCACACUGACGGGCGGCUUGUAGCCACUGCGGCUACAAGUGUAGAAGAAAAGACCAGUUAGGGACUCACCAGUUAAGACGCCCUUCAUGUAUAUCUACUAUGUGUUGUGUAGCUUCCAGUGCAGAAGGACCUGUUGGAUCACUCUGGUGAAAAACUUUUCAAGUUUCUAUAGACAUAAUAUGAAAAUUGUAUUCGUUAUAUUUUACUUUAGUUAUUAAGUUUUAGAGCUACUAACCAUAUUAUGGAACCUGUCUUCUGAAAUAAAUGAUUUUUAUUUUUAUUUUUUAUUUAUUUACGUUUAGCAAGGUGUUUUUAAUUAAUUCUUCUUAAUAUAACCUUACUUAAAUAAAUGUUGGUACUGUGGCCAUAACAGCCUCCGUAAAGAAAAACUGUUCGUGAUAUUUUUAGCAAGUGUUGACUGAUGAUUAUGGUUGUAUUCUUGUUAUUAAUGUAAAACAAGGAAUUAUAUAAAUUAUCUACCUAUAUGUAGCAUAUGUAAAUGUGAAAUAUGUAUGUACAUAAUUACCCAUAGUCUGUAUCUUUAGGUAUUUGCAUGUCAAACAAAAUAUACCCUAAAAGGACUCCUUGUUACGUCAGUUGCGGGUAAAUUAUAGUAUUUUAUGCAACUGGCGUUUAAGUGAGGUCAAAAAAGACGAGUGGCGUGAGUAACAAUUUGAGGCGAAGCCGAAAAUUGUUAAUAAAGACGCCACUAGUAUUUUUUGACUCA